AUGGCCAAGACCAGACCUGGCAAACGAGACUUGGAUUCUUACACCAUCAGAGGCACCAACAAGGUCGUCAGAGCUGGGGAUUGUGUAUUGCUGAGAUCAUCAGACACGGAUACAGCCCCAUACGUGGCACGUAUUGAGAAGAUUGAAGCGGAUAAUCGGAACAAUGUCAAGGUUAGAGUGAGGUGGUACUAUAGGCCAGAGGAGUCAAUGGGAGGCCGGAGACAGUUUCACGGAUCGAAAGAGCUGUUCUUGUCAGAUCACUAUGAUGUUCAGAGUGCCCACACCAUUGAAGGCAAGUGUAUCAUUCACUCUUUCAAGAAUUAUACCAAGCUUGAGAAUGUUGGGCCGGAGGACUACUAUUGUCGAUUUGAGUAUAAAGCUGCCACUGGAGCGUUUGUGCCAGACCGUGUUGCAGUGUAUUGCAAAUGUGAGAUGCCAUAUAACCCAGAUGAUUUGAUGGUACAGUGUGAUGAGUGCAAGGACUGGUAUCAUCCUGCUUGUGUGGGCAUGACUAUUGAACAGGCAAAGCAUUUAGACCACUUCAUUUGUUCUGAGUGUUCAUUAGAAGAUGGUGUGAAAAAAUCUGGGAAUACAUUUCCUGCAUCCCCAUUGACUAUUGGCAAGGUGGAACCGAAGCGUCAGAAGAGUGCAGAGAACCAUACUGGUACUCUGCUCAGGACCUGUGACUUGUAG